AUGCGGCUAAUUGCGUCAGAGCCGCCUCGGGUGAUCAAAAGACGCGCACACGUACGUACGAGUGCUAAAUCAUCCGCACAAAGGUCGGGUCCGAAUUCACAACUGCUGAUAAUAAAUUCAGCCCACAAGCCUGACGCCCUUUCGAGCUUGGCACAGUUCACUAACCUCCCCGCGCCGGGACGUUUUGGCGUUCAAAUCCGUGAGAACUGGGAGUGUGAUGCGAAUACUUCGGUCAAAGAGUGUCGCGCGGGUCCGUCUUUUGUCUGCAUUUUAUCCUUUUGCACAUCCGGGUGCAUGCCUCCAGACUAUGACACCGGCAAAAAGGUUAUCCGCGCCUCUCAGAUCGGCACGAACGAGCCAAGACCAACACACCACCUUUUCCCCGCCCCCUUUGAAAACCGUGCUUACAACGUGAUUCCUUACCUUUCCUGGGUCGAAGUCGAAAUCGAUACCUUCAGCGGUAUUUUCGCCGUAUUCAUUAUUCUGGACUACUGUGGUUCAGUCAACAUGUUGUCUACCUACCCGGGAACUCCAUCUUUAUUAGUUGUGUGA